AUGUCAACAAGACCAACACAAGAAGAGAUGAAAGAGCUGAUGAGUGCAGGCGAUGGUUUGUACGAGAUCUUGGGAGUGACACCAUCAGCAACAAAGGAAGAGAUCAAGAAACAGUAUAGAAUGCUCGCAAAGCGAUACCAUCCCGACAAGAAGCCGUCGGCAGCAGAUCAGACCAAGUUUGUCGAGAUUAAUCGUGCCAACAAGAUAUUGUCAGAUGAUCGUAUGCGCGAGCUAUACGAUACAUACUCGUUUGACGAAGGUGGUACAUUCCACGAGACAGACGGCGAAGUGCGUGAAGAGUUGUUACGUGUGGUCGAGUUGGUGGUUGCGAUGUGCUCGCAGCUCGUAUCGUCACCUUUCAAGAUGGUGUCGGUGGUGUGUCAGAGCAUGACGGCUGGGGGACACUACCGCACGGGUUGGCGUGUGGCCAGUGAAGCGCGUCGCACAUACGGAUUGCGUCGCGGACUCUUUAGAGGUACAUUGGUUGGUAUCGCCUCUGUAUUUAUUUCGGACCAGUUAGCAGGCGAGUUACAGCGUCGCAUACACGCACUCGUUCCACCAUCGGUCUACAAAUACGCUGCAUUUGCGUGUCAGUGCGUGGUCGAGUACCCCGCCGAAAUGUGCGCCAACAUUUAUAUGGUCGAUCGCCACUACAAGGGCUUUUUCGAUGUGGCACGUCAUGUCAUUACACGCAACGGUUUUACAGGGCUGUGGCGCGUUGUAUUCUGGGUUCGUCCCUCUUUCCAUUUAUCUAACAUUAAAGGUCAAACAAGACGAGAUAAACAAAAUAGCAAAUCAAAACCUUAA